UUAGAGUCUCUUGACGAGAUAACCUCUUAUUUCCUUUUCUAUCCUAGUCAUUGACUACUCACUCCAUCAUGGAUGGGGAUUCGGCACACUCCAUGGAGGCCGAGCGCGAGAUGACUCGGCUCUGGCGCACCUUUAGGACAGUCUAUGAACUGCUCGCUGACCGGGGCUACGAAGUGUCUGACAACGAGCUGGUACUCCCGCUAGAAGACUUCCGCGCAAAAUAUGCUGACCCUCUGGGCUACCCUGAUCGCACCAAGAUGAAAAUCCAAGCCCGCCCCACCGACACCAUGAAGUUGAAGUACACGGCACUGCCCAGCAAAGCAAACCCCAACCCCCAGCCAGACUGCGGCACAAUCUAUGUCGAUUUCUGCCCCGACUCCUCAGGUGUCGGAACCAAGCAAGUGCGCGCCUUCAACCACCUUGUCGAUGAGAACAACUUCCACACCGGCAUCUUCAUCACGCAGACACCUAUCUCGCCAUCUGCUGUGCGCCUGCUCUCCGGCGUCCCCGGCCGCAUCUGCGAGCACUUCCAGGAACAAGACCUGCUCGUCAACAUCACCCGCCACGAGCUGGUCCCCAAGCACGUCCUGCUUAGCCCUGAGGAGAAGGGCAAGCUCCUCGAGCGCUAUCGUCUGAAAGAGUCCCAGCUGCCCCGUAUACAGAUCUCCGACCCUGUCGCCCGCUACCUUGGUUUGCGCCGUGGUCAGGUUGUUAAGAUUAUCCGCAAGUCUGAGACUGCAGGUCGCUAUGCCAGUUACCGCUGGGUUAUUUAA